GGACCAAGGUCUCAGGAUCCAAGUUUAAAAAGAAAUGGUGUGAAAGUUCCCGGUGAACAUCGAAGAAAGGAGAAUGGAAUUAAUAGUCCUAGGAUGGAUCUGACUCUUGCUGAACUUCAGGAAAUGGCAUCUCGCCAGCAGCAACAGAUUGAAGCCCAGCAACAAAUGCUGGCUACUAAGGAACAGCGUUUAAAGUUUUUAAAACAACAAGAUCAGCGUCAACAACAGCAAGCUUCUGAGCAGGAGAAGCUUCAAAGGCUAAAAGAAAUAGCUGAGAAUCAGGAAGCUAAGCUAAAAAAAGUGAGAGCACUUAAAGGCCACGUGGAACAGAAGCGGCUAAGCAAUGGGAAACUUGUGGAGGAAAUUGAACAGAUGAAUAGUUUGUUUCAGCAAAAACAGCGGGAGCUUGUUCUAGCUGUGUCAAAGGUAGAGGAACUUACAAGACAGCUAGAGAUGCUCAAGAAUGGCAGGAUCGAGGGCCACCACGACAACCAGUCUGCCGUGGCUGAACUUGAUCGCCUCUACAAGGAGCUGCAGUUAAGAAACAAACUGAAUCAAGAACAGAAUGCCAAGCUACAGCAACAGAGGGAGUGUUUGAAUAAGCGUAAUUCAGAAGUAGCAGUCAUGGAUAAGCGUGUUAAUGAGCUGAGGGACCGGCUGUGGAAAAAGAAGGCAGCGCUACAGCAGAAAGAAAAUUUACCAGGUUCGUCUGAUGGAAAUCUUCCCCAGCAAGCGGUGUCAGCCCCGAGCCGUGUGGCCGCAGUGGGUCCCUAUAUCCAGUCGUCUACUAUGCCACGGAUGCCCUCCAGGCCUGAGCUGCUGGUGAAGCCAGCCCUGCCAGAUGGUUCCUUGGUCAUGCAGGCUUCGGAGGGACCGAUGAAAAUACAGACACUGCCCAAUAUGAGAUCUGGGGCUGCUUCACAAACUAGAGGCCCUAAAAUUCAUCCAGUUGGCCCUGAUUGGAGUCCUUCAAAUGCAGAUCUUUUCCCGAGCCAAGGCUCUUCUUCUCUACCUUACAGCUCUGGGAAUGCUCUGGACCAAGUUGAUGAUGGGGAGGUUCCGCUGAGGGAGAAAGAAAAGAAGGUGCGUCCCUUUUCAAUGUUUGACACAGGAGAGCAGUCUGCUGCCCCACCCUCCUUCACCGCUCUGAGGAAAAACCAGAGCAGUGAAGACCUCUUGCGGGAUGCUCAGGCUGCAAAUAAAAAUGUUGCUAAAGUGCCACCUCCUGUUCCUACAAAACCAAAACAGAUUAAUUUGCCUUAUUUUGGACAAACUAAUCAAUCACCUUCAGACAUUAAGCCAGAUGGUGGUCCUCAACAGCUGUCAGCAGCUGUCGCAUCCAUAGGAGGUAAACCUAAACCCACAGGGCAGCAGCCGAGGGUGCUGCUGUCUUCCAGUGCGCCUUCUGGUGGCCAAGACCCAGCCCUUUCUGCAGGUUCUAAGCAGGAAAGUCCACCUGCUGCUGCUGUCCGGCCCUUUACUCCUCAGCCUUCCAAAGACACCCCACUCCCACCCUUCAGAAAACCUCAGACCGUGGCAGCAAGCUCAAUAUAUUCCAUGUACACGCAGCGUCAGGCUCCAGGAAGAAACCUCCAGCAGGCCGUGCAGAGCACGUUGACCAAGACACAUGCCCGAGGGCCACACUUUCUGAGCGUAUAUGGCAAGCCUGUGAUUGCUGCUGCCCAGAAUCAACAGCAGCAGCCAGAGAACAUUUAUUCCAACAGCCAGGACAAGCCUGGGAGUCCAGACCCUGAAGGAGAGCCUGCUUCUUCAGUUCAGGAGAACCACGAAAAUGAAAGAAUUCCUCGACCACUCAGCCCAACCAAAUUACUGCCUUUCUUAUCUAAUCCUUACCGAAACCAGAGUGAUGCUGACUUAGAAGCCCUGCGAAAGAAACUGUCUAAUGCACCAAGGCCACUAAAGAAACGUAGCUCUAUAACAGAGCCAGAGGGUCCUAAUGGGCCAAAUAUUCAGAAACUUUUGUAUCAGAGGACCACCAUAGCUGCCAUGGAGACCAUCUCUGUCCCAUCAUACCCAUCAAAGCCAACUGCAGUGACUGCUAGCUCAGAAAGCCAAGUAGAAAUCCAGAAUCCAUAUGUACACGUGGAGCCGGAGAAGGAGGUGGUCUCUCUGGUUCCGGAAUCAUCGUCUCCAGAGGAUGUGGGGAGCACUAGUACAGAGAACAAUGAUAUGCCAGCUCCUUCUCCAGGCCCUGAUUAUGUGCCUGAAGGAGUCCCAGACAGCAGCCCAAAGCUCCAGAGUAACACAGAAGAACCAAAUCCAGAGACGUCCCAUUUGCUCGAAGUGUACCUGGAGGAAUACCCCCCAUACCCACCUCCACCGUACCCAUCUGGGGAACCUGAAGGGCCGGGAGAAGACUCUGUGAGCAUGAGCCCACCUGAAAUCACCGGGCAGGUCUCUCUGCCUCCUGGCAAAAGAACAAACUUGCGUAAAACUGGUUCAGAGCGGAUUGCUCAUGGAAUGAGGGUGAAGUUCAACCCCCUUGCUUUACUUCUCGAUUCAUCUUUGGAGGGAGAAUUUGACCUUGUACAGAGAAUUAUUUAUGAGGUUGAUGACCCAAGCUUGCCCAAUGAUGAAGGAAUCACUGCUCUUCACAAUGCUGUGUGCGCAGGCCACACAGAAAUCGUGAAGUUCCUGGUACAGUUUGGUGUGAAUGUAAAUGCUGCUGAUAGUGAUGGAUGGCUCCAGACUGAGUUAUAUGUUCUGUGCUGUCUUACUGUCGUGAUUUUAGGGGUUCAGGAGAAAAUGGGCAUAAUGAAUAAAGGAGUCAUUUAUGCUCUUUGGGAUUAUGAACCUCAGAAUGAUGAUGAGCUGCCCAUGAAAGAAGGAGACUGCAUGACAAUCAUCCGCCGGGAAGACGAAGAUGAAAUUGAGUGGUGGUGGGCACGCCUUAGUGAUAAAGAGGGAUAUGUUCCACGCAACCUGCUGGGACUGUACCCAAGAAUUAAACCAAGACAAAGGAGCUUGGCCUGAAACUCUACAGAAUUUUAGUUAAUGAAGAAUUAAUCUCUGUUAUUACUAAGAAGUAAUAUGAUUGUUUUUGGAAAAAAUUUCACAAGACUUAUUUUAAUGACAAUGUAGCUUGAAAGCAAUGAAGAAUGUGCUCUGGAAGAAAAUGAAGGAUUGAUGAAUUUACUAUUAGUAGAGGACACUGAGCACAAUGAAAUGGAUCUUAGAAGUAAGCAGACCAUACUGUGUUGGAGCAAGGGUAGCAUGUAGCACUCAGAAAGAUAUAUGGCGACAGUCCUGUUUUCUGCAAGAAAUAGGACCAUUUAUUGGGUUGUUGGGAAAUCAGCUUCAUGUCCUGCUUAGUGGGCAUUUUCAGCACCUGCUCCAGUCCUCCUGCCAGAAAGGACCAGUGCCAUCAUCGUGCCACCUCUGACUAUCCCCCAGCACCAGCAGGCCCUCAGGGGCCUUAUGGGAAGGCUGGAAGGCACCGUACUCUUGUAUAUUGUCAGUGAAGAACUGUUGGUUGGUUGUCAGUAAGCAAUAACUUCAUUAUAUGAAUUCUUGUAGCAUCUUAAGAAUUACACAUAUAUUUGAAAUAUUGAAACUUAAGCUACACUACAGUUAAUUAGAUUUAGAAUCUUGUUUUUAGUCUGAAUUUGAAUCUAUAUUUAUUGUCUUUUUGUAUCUUGGAAAUUAAAGACUUGCUAUAGACUUACCUGUAAUAUUUGUCAAGAUCAUAGUGGACUUUAAAGACAAUUGUAGUAAAAUUAAACUUUUUGACUCUAA